CUCAGAAUACCCUCAUUGCAUUCAUUGCUGUUGUUGACCAACUCAAUGAGAAUCUUCUUGCACUGCAUUUCGCUGUAUUCCCGACCACAUUAUAUGCAUUUCUAAUUGACAAUCUCCACUCUUCGAAUCUCUCUGAUUCUGCCUUCUUAUAUCGCUUUUCAACCCCGCCAUUGGCCUCGCUUUGGGUCGAUCUGUGUCUUGGCCAUGGCCUUUUCGAACCCCCUCUUCUUUCAGAUAUGGCGAGAUGAGAAGAUCAAUCGCCAGCUACUAUCCCAUUUGGACGAUGACAACCUCUGCGCUCUCCGCCUCACAAACACGGCGUGCUCGAACAUCGUGACAAGGCCUCUCUUUGCGCGGAUUCACCUAACCUUCACCCCGAGCGCAUUGUCCCGGCCUUCUCGCAUGGAAGCAUUGGCCCGCAUCGGUCACCAUGUCGGCCAUCUGACCUUCUCAAUGCCACACACGGAAUCAACCUUUCUUCCUCCGCUUCUGAAUCCCGUCACUGGCCGAGAAGUCAACUUUCUCUACACGCCGCACACAUCGCUUGCCUCGGAAACUGAGAGGCCAAAGUAUGGCACACAUGAGCUGGCAGACUAUCUCACCCAGCAGUACCCUCCAAUCUUCCAUGCAGCGACGAAUGUUCCUGCAUUCAUCCGUGCAUUAGGUUGCAUGCCCAACCUUCGCCACCUCAGCGUUUCGUGCCCUGGCCAGGAGCCAUGCCAGCGAUACCGUCGCUCUGCUGUGGACUACGCACUCAUCAGUCUGCGGAUUGCAAUUGAGCGCGCUGGCCUGACGCAACUCGAGAAGCUCUCGCUAGCGGUCCACCCUGCUGCACUUCUCUACCUGCACCCGACGCCAAACUUUGGCGCGUCACCAUCCGGCCUUCGCCGCUGGCGACAGAUCCGAAAUCUAAAGAUGUCAAUUGAUUCCUGGACAUUCGAAAAUUCGCGUGCAGACCAUCUAAAGCUAUUGACAAACUACAUCCGCAUUUUCUCUGGUAGCCUUGAGAAGCUCACCUUCCAUUGGUAUGGCCAACGCGGUCCCUGUCCAUUGACCCUCAACGACUCGAGUCGCCCGCCGUCCCCAAGUUCAGCCACAAAGCUUUUCGCUGAGAUCACGUCGCCAAUGUCACCACUCCCGGAAACCCCACCUCCCCCACCACUUCACUUCCCUCAGCUUCGUCGUAUAUUUGUGAGGAAUGCAUGGGUUGCUGCCGAGCAAGUAUCUUCUCUCGUCAGUAAACACGGGUCAAGCCUCCGGACCAUCGAUUUCGAUAACGUGACCCUGACAUCUGGAUCUUGGGACGAGGCUCUGGCGCCGCUGAAUGAUCUGGCAACCAAAGAAGGGAUCUGGGAGGCUCGACACAGUGGCUCGAGCUCUGGUGUUGGCUUUGGCUCCCCGCCACGAAGCCACAUGGAUGACGAUGUAUUUGACAAUUCUAGCUUCCGCAACAGCUCAGGCCUCUUCGUUCAGGGUGAGCUCGGCACAGCUCCGUGUAGUACACAUCUGCAUAAACGCGUUCGGAAACGCCGUCGUGCAUACCGCCGCGCAGCUACCCCAUCGCCGCCGCCAACUCUCCGUCGCCAGGCUUCGUCCCUCCUUGACCGCCUCAAGCAAAGCGCUAUGGAAGCCUCGCAGAGCACAUUCUUUUCCCGCUUUAUUCAUAACGAGAAUAGCUCGAGCAGCCUUGGCCUCGCCAUCUCAGAACCUGUCGCCAGGUCGCCACCCCACAACCGCAAAAUGCCCCCAGUCCCGGAACAGCACUCGCGGUCGCCGUCGCAUAACCGAGAGAUACCACCAAUCCCGGAGCAGCCGUCUGUGCCAGAACUGUCGCAUCCAUCCGCCGUACUGCAGCCAGCUACAAAUACCCCACCGACGAGGCUUUCAACUCCUCCACGUCCACCGACGCCGGUUAAGCGCUUGUCACCACUAUUACCAGCGACGACAUUCGUACCUGAGGGGCGAGCCCCAUCACCAAAGAACGUGCAACCACUCCGACGCUCCCCACCUGAAUCUGCAUCGACCCAGUCCACUAGCAGCCACCACCAAUUCCCCGAAUCGUCACCUCCCAAGCGCUCUCCACACACACCUGAUCCCCAUCACACACCCUGGCCUUCCGCCAUGGCACUCAAGCCUCAGCCACUGAACCCUGCUGUGCGCGGUGUGCAGCGCAAUAUUCAGCUCGAGACUCACCACCAAGACAUCGCAGACGACGCCGAGAAGCGCAUCCACGCGCUUCGCCAGGGGCGCGAGGCUAUCCUGGAGCGUCUCGGGAAGCAGUUCACGGCGAGGAGUUCCGCUGCUGCUUCUAUUGGCGAUAGACAGGUGCAGAGGGAGGUGAAGUUGAAUAUGAUGACUGGUGGGGUGGGGUUGAGGGCUAUUGGAGAUGGGAUGAGCAUAGGCAUGGGGAUGCAGAAGGGGAUGAUGGUGCCGCUGAUGAUUUUUAGAUAGGCGGUGUGCCUGUUGUUUGUUGAUUUUGGUGGGUGCUGAUGGGUGUUUGGGUAUACGGUGGUUAAACUACGCAAGCAGGAGGAUUUGGGGCAGGGGUUAAGGGGCAUGAUGGUCUAUCUUUAUCAUGUUUUGUUUUAUUGUUUUAAGGUGUGAAGUACGAUCAUGACAGUUAUGAACUGGAUGAGAUUACGGGAUGAUAUACGACUAUCAGACGACGUUCGCUUCAUGUGCCACGAUUUAUUUUUUAUUUAUUUAUAUUAUCAAUGAUUUCUUAUAUAACAGGACGGAUUUUUUAUCUUGGUGGUGAGUCUUCUAGCUAUUUAAUCAAUUAAAGAAGGGC